UCCUUGCCUGCUUCACAGUGGUGCAUGCAGCGAUUAGCACAGAACUACACGGGUCGAAUUGUUCCUAGCAUAUUCAAACCAUAUUAUUAGUCACCAGUAGCAUAUUACUUAGAUACAACUUUUAAAUAUUCUGCAGAAGUCAGACAGAGCUCUGUUUAGUUUUCGCAAACAUCUGAAAAUGUUGAGCAAAAGUGUUUCGCUCCGGGCUCAGAUCGCUUCCAUCAUAGAGGUACUUUCUAAAACUGCGGUUGCAGAAAUUAGCAAAGUAGUCGACGAUGGCAUAGUUGUGUUACGUGUGGAAAUGUGUCAACGGGAAAAUGAAAUCAACGUCCUGAAAAAGACUGUACAACAACUUGACAGCGAGCUUCGAAGAGCUCGAGGGAUUCAAGCUCGAAAACGCAUUCAUCAUGGUCGAUCAGUUGCUGCUGAGAAUCUUGGGAGAGGGCCUGGUAAAAGCGGUACCACUUGUGUGGGGAGGACGUCGCUUGAGAAACUGCAGCCUGAGGAAUAUGGUAAUGAAAAGGAUGAAGGCGUUCGACCUGCGGAUGAGACUCCAGUGAAGACUGAGCCAGGAGUGGAGGAGGGUGACCAGGAAGAGCACACUGCAGGGAGAAAAGACAAGGAUCAUCUGGAUGCUGAACUGUCAACGUACGAGAGAGUCAGCCAGCUGUGGAUGUCUAGUACACAAGAAGACAAUGAUAUGGAGACGAGCAAUUCAGAGGAUUUUAAUAACAGUUCAGGUCGGAACCCUCAGUGUCUCCCUGAUCACUCUCCUGGAACCUCCGGAAUGGCGGAAGCAUCAUGCAGCAGUGUUUCGUUUCCAGGGAAACCAUAUUUAGAGUCAGAUGUCGGACAGGAUAUGAUUUUACAGCUCAGACAACAACAACAUUAUCGUCAGUCAGACGCGCUCAGGAGAACAAGCGACGGCACAGUAAAGUCAAACCCAGACCCUCAAAGCGUAUUCGGUUUUGGCCCGAAUUAUAAUACCGCAAGGAGAGCGAGGACCAAUAGGUUUUGCCAGGUUAAUAAACACUUCAUUUGCACACUGUGUGGAAAAAGUUUUGAACGUUACAGUCAUCUUGAAAGACAUCUGCGAAUUCAUACGGGUGAGAAACCGUACAGUUGUGACAUUUGUGGAAGGUGUUUCAACCAGAAGGGUAGCCUCAAAGGGCAUCUGAAGACUCACAGAGUAUCGAUGGACGGACUAGCUAACACAGAGGAGAAGCCUUCCCUGGAUAGACGUCAGUCUGAGGAAGAGCGGUGCAACGAAAAGGACGAAGUGAUCCAAACUGCUCCUGAAAUGCCUAUGAAGUCUGAGCCAGGGGAGGAGAAGGAUGCAUCCCAGAUACUGGAUCAUAAAGCAGAAGAACAGACUGCAGGGAGAGCAGAACAUCAACUGGAUGAGGAACUGUCAAUGUACGAGAGAGACAGCCAGCCGUGGAUGUCCGGUUCACAAGCAGACAAUGAUAUAGAGACAAGCAAUUCAGAAUAUUUCAGCAGUUCAGGUCAGAACUCCCAGUGUCUCACUGAUCACUCUCCUGUACCUCCUGUCCCAGGUAUGGCGGCGGCGUCAUGCAGCAGUGCUUCAUUUCCAGGGAAACCAUAUGUAGAUGUCAGAGAGGAUAUGAUUUUACGGGUCGGACAGCAACAUUAUGGACCUUCAGACACACUCUUGAUAGCAUGUGACGGGACAGUACAGCCAAACUCACAGGGCAUGGACGGGGCUUCUCUGAACCAUCAGCCCAUCUUCUCUGGUUUUCCAAGGAAAGUUAAAACCUUCCAAGGAGUCACCAAGGACAAGAAGUGCUUCAUCUGCUCAUUCUGUGGGAAAGUUUUUGAGCGUGUUGGUCAUCUGGAAAGGCACCAGCGAAUUCAUACGGGUGAGAAACCGUACAGUUGUGACAUAUGUGGAAGGCGUUUCAACCAGAAGGGUAGCCUCAAAGGGCAUCUGAAAACUCACAGAGCAGACGGUGCUGACAUGCUAACGGGACAACCUCCGCUUGAUGAUGAGAAGCCUGACGUUUAUCCUAGACCCUCGGAGAACCCAGAGGAACCGACGGAUCAGCCCCCACCUGCUGAAGCACAGCCUGUCUGUGGGCACAGUGAGGAGGAGAGCAGGGGGCAGGGCUUGGUGGGGAAAGCGGAGCAAGAGAAACAGUUUGGAUCCCAGAUACUCAGUCAGUCAGGACAUCAACACCAACAAACCACAGAGCGACCAGGUUAUCAGGACGACCCAGAGUAUGCCAUGGAUGGGAGGGAGACGCAGCUGUGUAGAUCUUUCACAGAGAGGCACAGUGAUACCGAGUCUGGAUCAGUACAUCCAGGUUGCUCCUCCGAUGUGACAAAGCAGCAGAAUUCCCAUCCUGUUUCACCCAGUGUCAAAUACCAUCACAGUCCUUUUGAUGGACUGCACCACCACCACCAGGGGUUCUAUACGUCAGCUUCUAGAGAGGUGGAACUUGAAGACUUGUCUUUUCAGGAUGAGGAAGACAAGCUGGAUAUGAUUGAGGAAGAGCAGUAUGCAGGGAUGGCUCUACAUGCAAGGAACAGGGAGGAUGCUGAUGAGAGAAUACUACCCAGGUUUCAGGACCGGGUACCACCACCACCACUUCCUGUAGAGGAGGAAACAGCGAUGAGAGAGUACAUCACAGAACCAAACUACAGUCAAGAGGGAAUUUUAUUUGCCCUUGGUAUAGACAGUUUUGACAGUACAGAGGGCAGCAGUGCCACCACAGACGACACCAGAAAUAGAUGUUUCAUAUGCUCCUUUUGUGGAAAGAGUUUUGAUCGCCAUAGUCAUUUCGAAAGACACCAGCACACUCAUACAGGUGAGAAGCCCUACAGCUGUGAGAUAUGUGGUAAGAGUUUCACUCAGAAGAGCAGCCUGAAAGCUCAUCAGAGACUUCAUACAGGUUAAUCAAGGGCCAAAGAGUCUUGGUUUGCGUUCCGAAUGGCACCCUAUUCCCUAUUUAGUGCACUACUUUUUAGGAAAUGGAUUGCCAUUUGGGAUGCACCCUUUGUUUCGUCCUCAUCAAAACUCAAAUCAACACCAAUUAAUGAGUAUGGGAAAUGUGUCUGCUAUUGGUAACAAGUUGGUGUUGCAACAAUUUAGAAGUACAACUAAAUUGUGUUGAUAAGAUGUUAUACACUGCUCAAAAAAAUAAAGGGAACACUUAAACAACACAAUGUAACUCCAAGUCAAUCACACUUCUGUG